AUCCAUCCCUAACUUUCUCUCUCCACACUUCCACUACUACCUUGCCUUUUACUCACCGAAGUUUUUCUUUAUUUUUAUAUAUUAUCUAUAUACAAAAUAAAAAAUAAAAAAUUCUAUGAGAGUUUUUACAUUUUGUCACCUCCUUCUCCUAAUUAGUCUGCCACUGUCAUCAUCACCUUUUCUUCUCCUCUCUAGUCUCUAUUAUUUACAAUACCCAGCAGAGGCAUACAGCUUAUAUUUCUCUUCCUUCUCUUUGCAGCUUGUAUACCCAAAUAGUGCUUUUUCAUUAGAAAAGAGAAAAAAAGAUGCCAAGUCCUAUUUGGGAACUGAGGUUGUAUUGAGGAAAUGAAAUAUCUUCUUCUGCUUUUCAUUGCAUGCUGGAUUCUCUUGAUCAAUUCCUCACAGAUAGAUAGAUAGAGAGAGAAAAGUCUGAAAUAGUUGUGCAGAGUUGCUCAGACAAGUAAUCCAUGGCUUAGAUAGCGACUUUGAAAAUAACCCUCCACCCCCACACCAUCAUCAUCAUCAUCAUCUUCACGAGAUUAAUUUACCUUUCUUUUUACUCUUUCUACAUGUCCCUGCCACCUGCACUUCACAGUUCACACCCCUUAGUUGUGUUGUGUGUCACAGCCUACAAUAUAUUUAAUUUAAUUUGCUCUCGUGUAGUUUCGUCUUCUUGGUCUGUUCUUAGGUGCAAAAGUGGUCACUUUGGAACCAAAAUAGCAAGUAGCUAGGAUUUAGAAAACAAACAAAUAAACCAAGACAAGAGAAUAUAACAUCGUAUCUCGCUUUUCAUCUUUUCAUUCCCAUCCUGUUGGAGUUUUUCUUCAAUAUGUUUCCCACGGCUAUUUCCAAUUCAACAUCUUUGUCCGAGGAUGCCAGUGUUUCUUCUGGGACAAAACUUCACGACCUUGGAGGACUCAAUCAACAACAGCCUCAAAAGAUCAAGAAAAAGAGAAGCCUCCCUGGAAAUCCAGACCCGGAUGCUGAAGUGAUUGCGUUAUCUCCGAAGACCCUUUUGGCCACUAAUAGAUUUGUUUGUGAGAUCUGCCACAAGGGUUUCCAGAGAGAUCAGAACCUGCAGCUUCAUAGGAGGGGCCAUAACCUCCCAUGGAAGCUGAAGCAAAGGAGCAGCAAAGAGGUCAAAAAGAAAGCCUACGUUUGCCCUGAACCUUCGUGCGUUCACCACAACCCCUCAAGGGCACUGGGGGAUCUCACAGGAAUCAAGAAGCACUACUGCAGAAAGCAUGGAGAGAAGAAGUGGAAAUGUGAAAAGUGCUCAAAGAUAUAUGCGGUUCAGUCAGAUUGGAAAGCUCACUCAAAAACCUGUGGUACUAGAGAAUAUAGAUGUGACUGUGGAACCCUUUUUUCCAGGAAGGACAGCUUCAUAACUCAUAGGGCAUUCUGUGAUGCAUUGGCGGAAGAAAGUGCGAGAAUAUCAGCAAAUCAAUUAGCUGCAACUGCAAACACGACAAACCCAUUCCAAUCUCUCUAUGUUUUCCAAAACCAGCAACUCAGCACUUUCAAGCAAUGGGACUCAUCUGAAGAAAACCCUAACCCUAGCAACAUUGGCAGUGGCAUCCACGUGAAGCCAGAAUAUCAAACUUUCCACAACCCCAACCCCUCAGCCUUCGGGAAACUCCACGUGGCGACGCAAGCACCCUCCUCCAUCAACGCUGCCACGUCAGCAUACAUGUCAGCCACUGCGCUGCUUCAGAAGGCUGCAACCGUUGGAGCCGCUGGCAUCACGGGCCCUGGCUCUGUUGGGCCACAGCGAGUAAUGGGUCACGUGACCCAUCUCGGCGAGUUCGAAACGCUGAGCCAACUCGACCCGGUGGUGCCGGAUUACAUGAUGAGAGGGUUCCCCACUGGGAGCCUGAGGAGCGACCGUCUCACUAGGGACUUUCUGGGACUCGCUAACGGCGGCGCGGCUGACGUUAGCACAAACGUGAAUGAUAUGCUGGCGUUCGCGGGGGGUGCAGAGUACCACCAAGCGCACCGCCACGUGCUUCUCAAGCCACAACAAGGCUCUGCCUUUGGUUUCCUUGGGACAACCACUGCCCCCGAGACGUGGGGGAAUUAUUGAACAAAAUCACCAAAAUAAUUCCAUGUCUCGAGGGUAAAAUAGGCAACACACUUCGCAUAAUUAAGUAAUAUAUUUUGUGUUGAUGGAGUCAAGAGGAGUGACGAUGCAGAUGCUGGCCUUUCUUGUCAGUAUGCAACAGAGAAAAUGUCACAUGCAAUAAAAUUAUUAUUAGUCUUUUCUUCUUAUCACUCGCUACCUAUGUCAUGUCCACAGCUUUUUCAUCUUCACUUACCUAUAUACUCCUUUUGGCUUACUAGCUUUUUUUUCUUCUUC